AAUACUAGCCCAUGAGCUUCCUAUCAGGGACACCACCUGUGAAGUCCUCAGAACAGCCAACCUCUUGCAACCUCCAAGCUGACAGGCCUCAUCAGGGGAGGAGGGACCCCCUCCACAGGAGAACUGACAGCAGGCUUUUGGUGGGGGAGGCAUCAAGAACUCUGGAGGCCGGUAGCAAUCAUGUAAGCAGACAUGGAGACUGCCAUGUGUGUCUGCUCUCCAUGCUGUACAUGGCAGAGAUGUUGUCCCCGACUAUGCUCGUGUCUGUGCUGCAAGUUCCUCUUCACCUCGGAGCGGAACUGCACCUGCUUUCCCUGCCCCUACAAGGACGAGCGGAACUGCCAGUGCUGCCACUGCACCUGUUCCGAGAACCCCAACUGUCACUGGUGCUGCUGCUCCUGGGCCAAUGACCCCAACUGUAAGUGCUGCUGCACGACCAGCGGCAACCUCCAGUGCCACUACUAUGAGAGCCGCUGCUGCCGCAAUGCCACCAUCACGUUCCACAAGGGCCGCCUCAGGAGCAUCCGUACCUCCUCCAAGACUGCCCUGCGCAUUGGCAGCAGCGACACGCAGGUGGAUGAGGGGAAGUCGAUGCCCCCGAACAGCAACCUGGUCAGCCACCUGUCCUGCCCCAUCUGCAACCGGCUUCGCCUGCACUCCUUCAUGCUGCCCUGCCACCACAGCCUAUGCGAGAAGUGCCUGCGGCACCUGCAGAAGCACGCCGAGGUCACCGAGAACUUCUUCAUCCUCAUCUGCCCCGUGUGCAACCGCUCUCACUGCAUGCCCUACAGCCAGAAGAUGCAGCUGCCCGAGAACUACCUGCGCGGCCGCCUCACCAAGCGCUACAUGCAGCAGCACGGCUACCUCAAGUGGCGCUUUGACCGCUCCAGUGGGCCCAUCGUCUGCCAGGUCUGCCGCAGCCAGCGCAUCGCCUACAAGCGCUGCAUCACCUGCCGCCUCAACCUGUGCAACGAAUGCCUCAAGACCUUCCACUCGGACGUGGCCAUGCAGGACCACGUGUUCGUAGACACCAGCACCGAAGACCAGGAUGAGAAGAUCUGCAUCCACCACCCAUCCAGCCGGAUCAUCGAGUAUUGCCGGACCGACAACGAGUUGCUCUGCACCUUCUGUAAGACCUCCUUCCACAAUGGCCACGACACUGUCAGCCUCAUCGAUGCCUGCUCGGAGAGGGCUGCUGCACUCUUCAGCGCCAUCGCCAAGUUCAAAGCAGUCCGAUAUGAGAUUGAUAAUGACCUCAUGGAAUUCAACAUUUUAAAAAACAGCUUUAAAGCCGACAAGGAGGUAAAGCGAAAGGAGAUCAGAACUGGAUUUCUCAAGCUGCGCAGCAUUCUCCAGGAGAAAGAGAAAGCCAUCAUGGAGCAGAUAGAGAAUCUGGAAGUGGCCAGGCAGAAGGAGAUAGAAAAAUAUGUGUACGUCACCACCAUGAAAGUGAACGAAAUGGAUGGCCUGAUUGCCUACUCCAAGGAAGCGCUGAAGGAGACAGGGCAGGUGGCGUUCCUACAGUCGGCCAAGAUUCUGGUGGACCAGAUUGAGGACGGCAUCCAGAGCACCUUCAGGCCCGACCCACAGCUUCGGCUACACUCUUUGACCUGCAUGUCCUUGGACUUUGCUGAGCUCUCCAGUGCCAUCCAUGAGCUCUUCCCCACAGGUCCCAAGAAGGUGUGCUCCUCAGGGGACUCCCUGCCAUCCCCCUAUCCCCUGCACUCAGAAAUGAUGAUUGCCAGGAAGGUCACUUUCAGCACCCACAGCUUCGGCAACCAGCAGAUAUACCAGCGAAGCUCCUCCUUGCUGUCCUUCAGUGGCCCCAGCUGUGAGAAGACAAAGGGGGGUCUGGAGGCCUAUGGACGAGCCCAGUCAGCCGCACCUGCCAAGCCCACAGACGGCCUCUACACAUACUGGAGUGCGGGAGUAGAAAACCAGCCUGUCCAGAACAGCAGCAGCUUCCACAACUGGUACUCAUUCAGUGAUGGCUCUGUGAAGACUCCAGGCCCCAUCAUUAUCUACCAGACUCUGGUAUAUCCGAGAGCUGCCAAGGUUUACUGGACAUGCCCAACAGAAGACGUGGAUUCUUUUGAGAUGGAAUUCUACGAACUUGUCAAUUCCCCUCCUAACAACGUGCGGACGGAGCUCUGUGGACAAAUUCGAGACAUAAUGCAGCAGAGCCUGGAGCUGCACAACUUGACCCCCAACACUGAGUAUCUGUUCAAAGUGAGAGCCAUCAAUGAUAACGGUCCUGGGCAAUGGAGCGACAUCUGCAAGGUGGUAACACCAGAUGGGCGUGGAAAGAACCGAGCUAAGUGGGGCCUGCUGAAGAAUAUCCAGACCGCCCUCCAGAAACGCUUCUGAGUGCCCCCGCAGAGCAGGUAGCUACCUCAGAGACACACCACAAAAGAGACAUAUAUAGACACACACAUAUGUAUAUGUAUUUUUCUCACCAUGUUCUUCAAUGGGUUUGUAGACCAUGUUCCCCGGACCUCUGAGCCAUUUAAGCUGGAGUCUACUAAGAACCAAUAAAAGGAACUGCCUGA